CGUCACACGGACCUUCGCGUCGCGCGGGCGACUGGAGUUGGCGGACGGUCCCUGGCUGGGUUCUGGAGGCUCUGGUUCCUCGGAAGAGGCUUCCGAGGGCGGUCGCGAUGCCUCGGCCGCGGCGGAUGUCUUUGGUGCUUCAUGAAGAAUAUUUCCAGAUAUAUCACAGACAUUAAGCCUUUGCCUCCCAACAUAAAAGAUAGACUGAUUAAAAUAAUGAGCAUUCAGGGGCGGAUAACAGAUUCAAAUAUAAGUGAGAUUUUACAUCCCGAAGUUCAAACUGUAGAUCUACGGAGCUGUGAUAUCUCAGAUACUGCUCUCCUGCACCUGUGUAACUGCAGAAAACUGAAGAAAUUAAAUUUAAAUUCCUCAAAAGGAAACAGAGUUUCUGUAACUUCAGAAGGAAUAAAAGCUGUGGCUUCAUCUUGUUCAUACCUGCACGAAGCUUCUUUGAAAAGAUGCUGCAAUCUCACUGAUGAAGGAGUCCUGGCUCUUGCACUCAAUUGCCGGCUGCUGAAGAUCAUUGAUUUAGGUGGCUGCUUAAGUAUUACUGAUGUGUCCUUACGUGCAUUAGGGAAAAACUGCCCAUUUUUGCAGUGUGUUGACUUUUCUGCUACUCAGGUAUCUGACAAUGGUGUGGUUGCACUUGUUAGUGGACCUUGUGCCAAGAAAUUAGAGGAGAUCCAUAUGGGACAUUGUGUAAAUCUGACUGAUGAGGCUGUAGAAGCUGUCCUUACUUACUGUCCUCAGAUACAAAUAUUACUUUUCCAUGGAUGCCCCCUGAUAACAGAUCAUUCACGAGAAGUCUUGGAGCAAUUAGUAGGCCCAAACAAACUAAAGCAAGUGACCUGGACUGUUUAUUGAUGUUUUGAAGCUUAUCAAAGCUAUGAAAGCUUAUCAAAACUACUUUCCCAGGAAACAAGUCUAUAAAGAUUUGCUUUCCACUUAACACUACUUUAUUAUUUAAGCUGUAACUCUCAGAGAAUCAGCUAGUAUCAGUAUAUGUACAUGGUUUGUGCUUUGAAGUUAGCUAGACUCUUAAACAUUUUGAUAGUACUAUUAUUCUAUAUUUGCUUGAUGAGUCAUUGUUUUUGAAAUGGUAAUCCUAGCAUGAAUUCUGAUCUAUUUGGGGUUGGGGGGUUGGGUUUUGUUUAGUAAAUAGAAUUUCAAAUUAUCUAUUUUUCCUUCAGAUUUCCUUCUCCUGCAUAGGUAUUUGAGCUGUUAGAAGUGUACAGGCUGGCCAGUUAACACAGUUGAUUAGCAUGGUGCUACUAACACCAAGGUCUGGAAAUUUGAUCCCUGUACAAGGCAGCCACUAAAAAAAGAAAAAGAGAUAUUUACUUACAUGGAUAAACUUUACAAGAAUUGUUAGAGGUAUUUCUGAAAGCAUAAUUACCUUCCUAGCUAUUUUCUGGGUCUGACCUUCCUGAAGUAUUUAAAUGCCCAAUUGGCAUAAGCAAAGCUGAACAUCAGGCCUGUUAAUUCUUCACAGAAUUUAUAUAUUUCUUUGUUUCACUGAAAUAAAUACUUUAAUAUCAUAACUAAUGACAUUUAACCUUAGCCAUUCAGCAUAUUAAUAUUACUGGGGCCCAUGCCCAGGUACUUAUUUCAUUGAUUUUUAUGGCUACUCUUCCCAAAUACAUUUUAUUCAUCUAUAAACUUUCUUCCUUAACAAAACUGCAUUUAGAAAUGUAUAAAAAUGAGUAAAUAUGAAAUAUCAUUACAGAGACUGUAUCCUGAAACUCUUGAUUUCACAUCGUGAAAUAAACAGCAAAGGUCUUAGUUUUCAAAUGAAAACUCUUUGGUAAUCACGAAAUUAUUGAUGUAUACUAUGCUUAAACUACCACUACCCCCCACCACCCCCCAAUUUAGCAUAUUCCUUGUGUCAUGAGCCUGUCUCGUUGGGACUUCUUAAAAAUUUCUUAUUUUACCUCUGAUGUAGUGAAAAACAGGGAAAGUAUGGAAGUAUGGUAUGGUACAUUUCUUGUACAUGUUAGGUAGAGGGGUUACAUAUUCAGUUCUAUUUCUUGUCCCUCCUUUUACUUUAUAAAUGUGGUAUGUGUAUAAUGUGGAUAUAUAUUGUCACUGCAAAGGUGGUACAUAUGUAUAUAUGUGUAAAAUGGGUGA